CUUUCUUUCCCUUUGCUCCCUUCUCUCUCUCUCUCUGCUUCUUCUUCUUCUUCUCUCUUCCCCACUUCUAGCUUUUCUGGAUCUUCAAACCCACCCUCCAAUCUCUCCAAAUCUCAUUAACAUUUUCAUUCAAUAUUUUGAUCCCUGUGUUUCUUCACUACAUUUCAUCCAAAUUUACUAUUUUAUACCCGUUUUGUUCCAUUGAUCUAACGGUUCUGAUUUGAUCACAUCUUGAGAGAUUGUUAAAAGGGAAAGAUCCUUUCAUCAUAUAAAGAAGUGGGAAUCAAAUUGUAUCUCGUUUCGAAUUUUUCCGUCCGUUGUAGUUAAAGUACCCAAAGUUGUUUGGCCAUAUCCGAACUAGCGAGAGAAGCGUGUACAUGAGGUUAAGCCGUUUUUAGAAGGUUUACGCUUAAAACGUCUGCAACAAGAAGCAGGGGAAGUCGGAGGUGGCAAGGAUGGGGCAUCAGACGAGCAACAGCUGAUUGGUCAUGUAUCUAAAAGCUGUCUCUUUUAGGAGGACUGAAUAAAAUAGGAAAGAGUUAUCCAGCAGUGAAGUGGCUGGAAGAAGUUGUAGUACAGGGUUAAUAGAAAGUUCUUAUUUUAAAUUACCUUGUUAAUCUUCACCUUCAUAUACAACUACUAUAUUGAGAUACCUUUCUUCUCUUUAACCCGUUCCUAAGCUGAAGUCUCGUCUUACAUAUUCCUGCAUUCCCUUACAAGUUUUCCUGACGGCCUUCUGCCUGUUUGUGCUUUUAAAUUUAUUACUUUUGGUGUUUAUAAGUAACUAUGGUGUUCUAGCUGCCAUUUUACUCAAAGAAGAUGGCGUUUCAUUCCGAGGAAGCACAAACGGAGGAUUACCUUUUCAAGAUUGUUUUGAUUGGUGAUUCGGCUGUUGGGAAGUCAAAUUUGCUUGCUAGAUUUGCUCGAGAUGAAUUUUAUCCAAACUCAAAAUCGACAAUAGGAGUAGAGUUCCAGACCCAAAAGCUGGACAUAAAUGGCAAGGAGGUCAAAGCACAGAUAUGGGAUACAGCAGGUCAAGAACGGUUUAGAGCAGUAACUUCUGCAUAUUACAGAGGCGCAGUUGGAGCUCUUCUGGUUUAUGAUAUUAGUAGACGCCAAACUUUUGAUAAUAUCAGUCGAUGGCUUAAUGAACUUCAGACUCAUUCUGACAUGAACGUGGUUACAAUACUCGUUGGCAAUAAGUCCGAUCUCAAAGAUGCACGGGAGGUUACAACAGCAGAAGGCAAAUCCUUAGCGGAGGCACAAGGUUUAUUCUUUAUAGAAACAUCAGCUUUGGAUUCCUCGAAUGUAGCCGUAGCUUUUCAAACAGUUGUUAAAGAGAUCUAUAAUAUUUUGAGCCGGAAGGUCAUUCAAUCGCAAGAACUCCAAAAAAAGGAUUCUGGGCGAUUGGCAAAUGGAAAAACUGUGGUUUUGCAGGCUGAUGAAAACCAAGAAGCAAAUGGACAGGCGACGAAAGGCUGGUGUUGUUCAUCAUAAUUUGGGAUGAUGUUUCUUGUCAACAUCUCUUCUACCCUGUUGUAAUUCAAUUUCUAUUGUUGCUUUUGAAAGAUUAUGGAGGAAAACAAAGAAGUAGGUCUCAUUUUGUUGCUGUGGGAAAACAAAAUUCCAUUAGAAAAAUGUAAAUUAUUCAAAGGGGAGAAAGAACCUUUUUUUGAUCUGUCACUUCUUUUGUAUAAUGCACUGGUACAGCUUCUUCUCUUCUGUAUGUGCUUUCAAAUGUAUGCCUAUUUCUAA